AUGAACCUAAGACAAGUCUUCGUGUCUGUACUGCUGUUUGGAGUAGCUGGUCUACUCCUCUUCAUGUACCUGCAAGCUUGGAUUGAAGAGCAACAUACAGAGUCUGGAAAAAAAAUGCAACAAGAGACAAUUAAUCAGGAUUUCACACUCCAGCCUCUGGGGAUGCCAAGGAAAGCAGCAUGGAGGAGAAGUGCUCCUGUAGGCCUCAGUAACCCUGAGAUGGCUGUCUCAAGCAGCAGGCACUGGCGGGGCAGGGCUGACCCUUCUGGUGUGGUGGCUGCCUCCUCAAGGAGCCGGCUGCCUGAGCAGCAGAAGACAAGUGAGUCCCCUCUCAGCUGGUUCAGAGGGGUGUAUUUACCUCCUGCUCUGCACCCAUUAAACAAGACAUUUGUCAAGGGUGGUGAGUGGCAGGACAUAGACAGCACCCAGGAAAAGCGCAGGGCCUUCCUGCAGGGCUUCUGUAGGAAGCACAACAGCAGAAAGAAGCUGCAAACCCACCUGGUGCACCUGGUGUCAAGAAUUUACGUAGAGGACAGGCACAAGGUUUUGUACUGUGAAGUGCCAAAAGCAGGCUGCUCCAACUGGAAAAGGGUCCUCAUGGUGCUCAGUGGACUCGCUGCUUCAGCAAACAACAUCUCCCAUGAUGAUGUGCACUAUGGAAAGCAUCUAAGGAAAUUGGACAGUUAUGACCUAAAAGGGAUCUACACACGCUUGAACAUGUACACCAAGUUUAUAUUUGUACGUGAUCCUAUGGAAAGACUGGUAUCUGCCUUCAGGGAUAAGUUUGAACAUCCAAACAGCUAUUACCAUCCCGUAUUUGGGAAGGCAAUAAUUAAAAAGUAUAGACAUAAUGCAGAUGAAGAAGCACUGAAAACAGGAUCGGGAGUUAAGUUCAAGGAGUUUAUCCAGUAUUUGUUGGAUUCCCACCGGCCAGUAGGAAUGGACAUUCACUGGGAGCAAGUCAGUAAGCUCUGUUAUCCCUGCCUCAUCAACUAUGACUUUAUAGGAAAGUUUGAAACCCUGGAAGAAGAUGCCAAUUACUUUCUGCAGCUGGUAGGUGCUCCAGCCAAUCUGAAGUUUCCUAAAUUCAAAGACAGACAUUCAUCUGAUGAAAGAACAAGUACAGAAGUAGUGAGGCAAUAUUUAAAGGAAUUGUCGAAGGAGGAGAGACAGCUGACCUAUGACUUCUAUUACUUGGAUUACUUAAUGUUCAAUUAUACAUCACCACUUGUAUAGCACUAGAAUAGCUUCAGGCUUUUCCUAGAUGCUCAUCAUGUUGGGAUUCAAAACAACUACUUUGAUACUAGCCCUGAAAGGAAAUGAAGUUACUGCUACAUAGAGUUGUCUUGAAUUAGUGGGGAUUUUAUAAGCUACAGUGAUAUCAAUUGAUACUAAAUUAUGGAGAAUGCAAAGAAAAAAAGACCUGCAAACAGCAUAAAUUGCACUAAAAUGCCUGGAAAAGCUGUUUUUACCAUUAUGGAUUAUAUUAUGGAAGCAGUAGCUCAGACAGCUGUUGCAUUAGCUUACCUAAUGUUCUUUUAAUGGUUUAAGAAAAAAAGAGUGGCGUGAUUCUUUUUUUGGUGUGUUUGCUUUAGA